AGAUAUACCAAAGCAACUUUGCUUAGAUUUGUUUGUACAACAAAACCCUAAAAAUACCUAUUGAAAAAAAAAAGCGAAACAAAACCCUAAAAAUAGGAAGUCCAAUACCCAAUAAAGUUAAAAGCGACUCUAAUCGACAGAGCUUUCGUCUUCCUCCUCCAGCUCUCUUGUCCGAAUUUCCAGAUUCCCUUGUCUUUGACGUGAGAAAAGCCUGAGAUUGAGAUUUGUGUAUUAUGCGAGAAGAUGAAGUUUGGAGAGACGUUCUCGGAAUAUCUACAUGGAGAAGAGGAGUGGUUCCUGGAAAAAUGUCGUCAUGUUGAAUAUAAGAAACUCAAGAAAGUGUUGAAGAAAUGCAAGACAUGUAACUCCACCAGAUCGGAUGAUGAACGCAUCAUCUCUUCGGCUACUUCCUUGUCAGAUUCAUGCCAAUGCCAAUCAUCUUGUCCUUCGUGUGAUCAGAUGUUCUUUGAGGAGUUAAUGAAGGAAGCUUCUGACAUAGCCGGAUGCUUCAAGUCAAGAGUCAGGCAUCUACUCCAUCUUCAUGUAGCCACUGGGAUGCAGAGAUACAUGAUGCGUCUACGCAGAUGCUUCACGGACGAAAAACAAGCUUUAAUCCACGAGGGCCAAAUCUUGAUUCAAUACAUAACAAUGAACGCCAUUGCCAUCCGUAAAAUCCUCAAGAAAUAUGACAAGGUGCAUGGCUCAGUGAAUGGGAAGAAUUUCAACUUGAAAAUGCGAGCAGAGCGCAUAGAGCUCUUGCACUCACCUUGGCUUAUAGAACUUGGAGCCUUUUAUCUAAACUCUGGUCUUGAAAAAGUUGGAAACUUCAAGAACUCUUUUGGCAGCGUCUCAUGUGAUAAUCUCAACGAAGAUCAACCAGUGAUGAAACUCAUGCUCCCUAACUCAAUAGAGCUCGAGUUUGAUCUAACUUGCGCGGUCUGCCUGGAAACUGUAUUCAAUCCCUACGCUUUAAAGUGCGGUCACAUAUUUUGUAAAGCUUGUGCAUGCUCGGCUGCUUCUGUAAUGAUUUUCCAAGGCAUUAAAGCAGCGCCUCAAUGUUCCAAAUGUCCCAUAUGCAGAGAGGUUGGAGUUUAUGCGGAAGCGGUUCACAUGAUCGAGCUGCACCUUCUUUUAAAGAUACGAAGCAAAGAGUAUUGGAAGGAGAGGGUGAUGGGGGAACGGUCUGAGAUGGUGAAGCAGUCAAAGAUGUUUUGGAGCGAACAGACGAUGCAUAUGAUCGGCUACUAAUUGUUUACUACUUCAAUUUUCAUAACUUCUUUUCAAAUAAAAUAGAAAAAGGUGAUGACAAAAAAAAAAGAGAGAGAAAAGCUAAACUUUUUUUUGUUUCUGCCAUGCCUGAGACAUUAUAGAUUCGGUUUAAAGAAAAAUCAGCAUUAUGAGAGUUCUUUUUUCUUUCUUUGGUGAGACCAAAACAAGUUGUGUAUGAAUGUUAUUACGUUAUGAUAAUUUAUCACUGGUCUUUAGUAUCA